AUGGCGGAUAAUCUCUUUAGCAAUAACGAUGUGGAUGAGUUGAUGGAAAACGAUGGAAGUGUCGGUGCAGAAGACACGCGUGAGGAGUCGGCAGUGCCGCCUCCCCAGUUACCGGAGUUCACUCGCAAAGACAAGACUUUGGAGGAGAUUCUAGAGAUGAUGGAUGACGAGGAUUUCACACCCAUCAUCCCGGAUCUGGUGACAGACUACUAUUUAGCCAAAAACGGGUUCGAGACGUCGGAUGUGAAGAUCAAGCGCCUGCUUGCGUUGGCUACUCAGAAGUUCGUGAGUGAUGUUGCUACGAACGCUUACGAAUAUUCGCGAAUCCGGUCGCAGAGUGCGGUUUACAACUCGACAAAUCCCCAGGCACGUGCCAAACAGCUGCUUGCUGGCCAGCAGCAGAUAAAUGUUUCCAAUGGAGAUGAAACGGCCACUGCUUCUGGCGGUGGAGGAGGAGGGUCUUUUUCAAAUAACCACGAUAAGAAGGUGGUUUUGACGAUGGAGGACUUGAGUCUUGCGCUGGGAGAGUAUGGGUUGAAUGUUAAUAGGCCUGAUUUCUACAGGUGA